GGUUCUUUCCUGAAGGCAGUUUCGGAGGCUCUGUGCCUGGGUCCGGCCGUGGUGAUCAGCCCAUCGCUCAGUGGCAUGUACUCCCUGCCCUUCCUCUUCCAGCACAACAACCUGCUUAAGGCAUACGUGCCCGUGGCACCCAUCUGCACCGAGAAAUUCACGGCGGAGCAGUACGCCCAGGUCAAAACACCCACGCUGAUUGUGUACGGGGACCAGGAUGCGGAGCUGGGGCAGGCCAGCCUGAACAAUCUGCGGCACCUCCCCGAGCACCAGGUCCUGGUGCUGCAGGGU